AUGAUUGACUUAGAAUACCCUGAUCUUCCGGAAGAAUUUCUGGUUCAUGUAAGUUUUUUUGAACACAGGGAUUUUGAAUGAGAGUGAAAGUGAAAUUUUGAUCUUCGAUGUCUUGGAGAGUUCAGAAAAACAAUGAACCGCUUCAGGAAAAAAAUUAAUAAAAACGUGUGCCCACGUGAACAUCGCCACGUUAACAUCAUCUUUACAUUUAGAAAAAAAUCAUUAUUCAUUUUUCAAGGAACCAGAAAUGGCGGUUGCUGAUUUUUGGAAAGAAUUGAACACCUUCACAAUUUAUCGAUCAAAUCACACGGAUAUGUCGUCAAAAUAUCGAUAUCCGUUUCAUUUUCCGUAUGAACAAGUUGAAUGGCCAGAAUAUUGGACACAUUUAUUCCAAGAAUAUUGGUAUCAUUCGAUCACUAUUAGUGUUGUUUAUUUUAUUGUUAUCAAGUGUGAGUUUUCUCUGGGGAACUUUGGAGCUUGAAACAAAGAUCAGGGGUUCCCCAACUUCUGAUUCAAAAAAUCCACCAAAGGUUUUCUUCAGUAAUCCAAAAAUUCAUGGAACCUCGAAAACCAUUCAAUUUACGAUACCCGUUGAUUUUGUGGAAUGGAGCAUUGGCAUUGUUUAGUAUUGCUGCGACUAUUCGAUUUUCUGUGGUAUGUUUUUUAUCCUUUUUAGAAGGUCCCAAGAAUCCAACCCAAUAAAAAUCUUAGGAUCCAAUUCGAUCAUUGUAUGUCGAAGGACUUUAUCGAACAAUUUGUUAUUCGUGUCAUCCAAAAGAUGUCGCCGCAUUUUGGAGUUUUGCCUUCGCUCUUUCAAAAAUUGUUGAACUCGGCGAUACAAUGUUCAUUAUUUUGAGAAAAAGACCAUUGAUUUUCCUCCAUUAUUAUCACCACGCCGCAGUUUUGAUCUAUACAGUUCAUUCGGGUUUGUUUUCAAUGAAAAUGUAAUAUUUUCAAUGACUUGUUUGUUUUGCAGGUGCUGAGCAUACAGCAGCUGGAAGAUUCUAUAUUUUGAUGAAUUAUAUUGCACAUUCCUUGAUGUAUACAUAUUAUACAGUUUCAGCAAUUGGUUAUAGACUUCCAAAAUGGGUUUCAAUGACUGUUACAACUGUUCAAACUGUUCAAAUGUUGGCUGGUGUCGGAAUAUCUUACUUGGUUUAUCGUGUCAAAACAAUUUAUAAUUUACCUUGUCAACAAUCAAUGGCAAACUUGUAUUUAGCAUUUGUUAUUUAUAUUACAUUUGCAUUUUUAUUCAUCCAAUUCUUCAUCAAUACUUAUAUUCGUAAUGCGAAGAAGAAUGCAAAGAAAACCAAAAAAGUUGAAUGA